AUGCGCGCCCACAUUGCCCUAGUGGCCGUGACGCUCUCCGUCCUGCUGGGAACGAGCGUGCUCUGGUGCUCGUACCAGAUGCUGUCGCCAGAAGAGUCGGGCGACUUUGGGUGGACGACUGCGUUUCGGCACGAGAUGAGCGUCGCUGGCAACGACCGUCAAUUGCGCCAAGAGGGACCGCUUGCGACCACGGCCAAUGCGACGCGCGAAUGA